UCCGCGUUGCCGAGCACACGAGUCCACAGAGUGCAGAGUGCAGUCAGAUAACCCAGUCAAGAGCCAGAACCAACGCUACAGCUUCCCAUUUCUCAAUUCGAAAUUCGCAUUUCCGUUUAGCGAGGCUGCAACACAGUGGAGAGCCAAUAAAAGCGCUGUAAAUAAAACGACCGCGGACGAAACAGGAAUAGCAACAACAGCACAAUAAUGUCGAUCUCCGAUUUCCGCAAAAAGAAGCUACUCUUCCUGUUCAAUGUGUUCUUCGAUGUGAACCAAAGCGGGGAAAUCGACGUUAAGGACUUCGAGCUGGCCAUCGAGCGCGUUUGCAAGCUGCGCGGCUGGGCGAAGGACACGCCGAAGAACAAGGAGACGUACGAUGUGAUGAUGGAAAUCUGGACUGGCCUGCGAUCGAAGGCCGACAAGGAUAACGACGGACAGGUCAGCGUCGACGAGUGGUGCAACAUGUGGGACGCCUAUGCCAAGGAUCCGAGCAGCGUGAUGGACUGGCAGAACGCCUACAUGAACUUCAUGUUCGACCUGGAGGACGCCUCCCAUGACGGCGGCAUCGACGUGACCGAGUUCACGCUGGUCUGCUCCAGCUACGGCCUGGAGAAGACCGAAUGCGAGGAGGCCUUCAGCAAGAUGGCCCAGGGCCAGAGCGACGUCACCCGGGAGCAGUUCGCCGCCUUGUGGAAGGAGUACUUUGCCGCCGAGGACGUGAAUGCGCCGGGCAACUUUAUCUUCGGCAAGACCAGCUUCUAAGCCCGACUCUGCCAACAAACUCAAGCACGACACUGGCCAUCCUGAACGAGUGCAGCGAGUGUAAUUGCGACCCUGGCCAUACUGAAUGCAUGCAACAAGUGAAAUUAUUAUUAACAAUUAAUAUAAAUAUAAAUGUAUUAGCGAUAGAGGAGGCCGGCGAUCUCGACGCCCCCCAUUUGAUGCUCCGUCGUUGUUAGUUGAGUGUUGUUUUCUCUCCAAGAAUCUCAAGUUUUUUGCCCAAUUCAACGUUCUAAUUUAGUAGCGUAAUCUGUCAGUAACUGUAACAGUAACCUAUUUAUAUUUUAUAUACCAAAGCUACGAGCAAUAUGCAAGCAAAGCAGCCGAAAAGAGCUAUCUCUACACAUACAUAUAUAUGCAAAAGUGUACCUUUACGAACUAUGACUAUAUCUUAGACACGAUAUCAAUUACGAGGUAGGAUCGACCUGAUCCGUAUCAAUGUGGUGCGUAAAUUAAAUCAAUUAAUGUCAAGUUGUUUAUGUGUGUGUAGUCGUCGUUUAUUGUCUCGCAUCUAUGGCGUAUAAAUUUAAAUGUAAAUGUAAAGUGUUCCAAGAAAUUACAACAAUAAAAUCAAAGUAUCUACACGAA